AUGACGAUUGGUCAUCCAGACUCAUCUGACGCGCUGAACAAGUUUGAGGACUUGACUGGCAUAGUCUCGAGCGGAGCAUUUUCCAAUCCAUACGAUGGGUUAAUUUCUGCUUCUAAUGACGAUCCUGCACAACUCCAAGCACUGUACUCUCGACACAGAGAUACCCGCAACGAGCAGCAGCGCAAAUACAUUCUCUCGGACGAUUUCAAGGGUCCGAAUAUCGACGGGAUUUUAUACAAGUUGGUCAAUAAGUCAGAGUACCCUGGCUUUAUCGACCCGCGAUAUUGUCUUGUCUUCUGGGCCCGGCCGCCGCAGCAUAUCAAGGAUUUGAUUUCUGCGAUUCAGAAGAAACUUUUGGAUGCUGCGCCGAGUCUAUGGCUCAUGCCAAUCGACUCUCUACACUUGACCGCUCUCGAAAUCACUCAUUCGCGCACAUCCCACGAGAUCCAGCAUCUUCUCGCGACACUCGAAUCCAGCAUUCCUGCUAUUACAGACUACACACUAACGCAUCGCGCGCGGCUGAUCAAGCCACGACUAAGCUACGAUGCCGCAGCCGUAGCUCUGUCAUUUGUUCCUGCUGCCGGUGAAGCCCGUACCGCCACAGACGACAAAUACACAUACCACCAUUUACGUCGGGAUUUGUACGCGCUCAAUGCCGCAGCCGGAGUGGCCAUCGAUAGCAGAUAUACAGUUCCCUCGGCCCAUCUGACUGUCGCGCGAUUCGUGAGUCAUGCCGAUCUAUGCGGUAGCGGUGAAGACCGCGAAAAGGGCGAAAAGGCAUUGUUGCCGCCAGCGCCAGACAAGAAGAAGGUAGCAGCGUGGAUUACGCAAAUCGAUGAGAUUAAUCGCUGGCUUGAGGAAGAGUAUUGGCCUCUGCCUCUGCCUCAGCCUCAGUCCACGAUAAAACGAGGCGGCGAAUGGGUCGUAGGCGACGAAAAAGGUCUCGAUUGUCGCUGGGGCACAUUGUGGUAUGGUGGAGGCGAGACUGUUCGUCUUGGAACGGGAUUUUGA